AUGGAUUCAUUAUAAAUACAGAAGUAACUUAUGGUUGAAUAAUUGAAUAAAUUGGAAUAUAUGGAUAAAAUCUUACCAUUACAUAAGGAUGAAGUUUAAGCAGAGAAGAAAUUGUAAGUUCAGAUAAAUAGUUUGAAUUUCAAAAGGAUAAUUGAAGGAUAGGAAAAUAAUAAAUUGAUGGCAGAAAUAGAAGAAUCUAAAUUAGAUGUUUAAAAGAGUAGACAAAAAGCAUUUCAAAAAUAUUUUACAUCAUUUAUGACAGAUAAGUAGUAAUAAUAAGCAGAUGUGAAUAUUCUUGAAUUCAAUUAAAGUGAUUUUGAAGUGUUUUAAUAAAUUAAAGAGAGACAGAGAUAAUUGGCAUAGGAAGAUCUAACAAUAGCUCGUUAGAAGGAGAAAAGCAAUUAAAUAUUUGAAUAGAACUUAAUGAAGAAAUGGGAUAGAGUUAGAAAAAGUAAUAUGUUGAGUUAUGCUAAGAAUUACGUAUGAUAGGAAGGAUGAAAAGAUUAUAUGAUGAAGUAAAAUUGUAUGGUACAAGUUGUAGAGUAGAGACAUCAAUAAAGAGACAUGAAGUGAUAUAGGAGUUGGAAUCAAUGUUAAAUAAAUAGAAUUAAUAAAUAAGUAAACCAAUGCCAUAGAAACAUAGUAUAAAUAAUAUAGAUGAAUAAUAGAACACCUAUUCUUACCAGAUUCAUAAUUUAAGAAGUAUUGGCAAUAUGUGUUAAUGAUUUUAUUAAUGUAUACAGCAUUUAUUACUCCGAUUCGAUUAGCAUUUAUAGAAGAAUUUAAUAUGAUAUGGUUUACUUUGGAAUUAAUAGUAGAUAUAUUAUUUUUACUGGAUAUUUUAAUUACAUUCAAUACAGCAUAUUUUAAUGAGGAAGGAGUUCUUAUUGCUGAUCGUUAAUAGAUUGCUACAUAAUAUGUAAGAACAUGGUUUAUUUUUGAUUUAAUGGCAAUAUUUCCAACUGAUCAAAUAUUUAAUAAUGAAGCAUAAAAGUUAUCAUAAUAUUUUAAGUAUUACAAUAAUAUAAAUAAAAUAGAUUGACACGAUUACCUAGAAUGUAUAAGUUAAUUAGUAUUAGUAGAAUGUGGUCAACAGUGUAGAAUUCUUAGAAUCAUAAUGAUUGUUUUUCAGCAAUUUAAGAUUUAAUAAAUUUAAAUUCUACAACUUUGAGAGUGUUAAAGUUUUUUGGGACAGUUCUUGUUUGUGUUCAUAUAAUGGGUUGUCUUUGGUAUUUGGUAGCAAAACUAAACAAUUUUGAAUCAAAUACAUGGGUAUAUGAAUUAGAUUUGUUAAAUAGAAAUGAAUAUGAAUUAUAUUUAACAUCAAUAUAUUGGGCUGUAACAACAAUAUGUACAGUAGGAUUUGGAGAUAUCCAUGCCUUUAAUGAGAGUAAAGCAUGAAUAAUUACUUAGCUGAAAGAAUAGUUUGUAUAUUUUGGAUGUUUUUUGGAGUUGGCUUUUAUUCCUUUACUGUAGGUUCAUUAUCUACUUUGAUGGGUACAUUAGAUACUAGAGAAUCUCAUCUAUAAAGCAAGGUUACAUUUAUGGAUGAAUUUUGCGAAGAGACAAGAUUGUCCUUAUAAAUGAAACAUAAAAUUAGAAAGGUAUUAGAAUAUAAUUCAAUGAUUAAUAUAUUCUCAUCUGCUGAAGUUGAUGAAUUUCUAUCAGAAAUACCUACUAAUCUUAAAUAUUAAAUUGCAUAAGCUAUGUAUGCUGGUCUUAAAAAUAGAGUAUCUUUUUUUAAAAAUAAAGAUUCAGUCUUUAUAUCUACACUUAUACCUAAAUUAUAACCAUUAAAAAUUAAUGCUGGAGAAUUUGUUUACAAUAAAGGAGAAUAUCCAAAUCAAGUCUAUUUUAUUGUUAAUGGAAGAGUCAAUAUGGUUAUUGGAGUCUAUUCUAUCACUUUUAAAACAUAUGUAACAGGUAGUUAUUUUGGUGAAAUUGAAAUCUUUGAUAAUAGUGCACGAUUUCAUUCUGCUAGAGCUGAAUUAGAGUGUGAAUUAUUAGCUAUUGAAUAGGAUAUUUUUAAAAAAAUAUUGUAAGCUUUUCCAGAAUAUUUUGAAGAAAUUAAAACCAUUUCAUUAGAAAAAUUAAAAAGAGAAAAAGAUUCCAUUGAAAAAUUAUAAGAUUUAACUGGAUUAUCAUAAACUUCUGAAUUUUUCAAUAAAAAAAGAACCUAAUCUAUCUAUAAAUCAAUUAAAUAACGAGAAUCUGUUUAAUUCAUUGAAUAUAGUGAAGAAUCUGAAUAAGAUAUUAAAUCCAUGAGAUCUAGUAAAUUAGGAUUCUUUAAAAAGAGAACUAACCAUUUAAUACCAGAUGAAACAUUAACUACUAGAUUACAUACAUAAGAAGAUACUUCUUAAUAGAAUCUUAUUACAUCUGAAAGCCAACAAUAACCAGAAAAAGUAAUAUAAUUAUCAAUCCCAGAUUAAGUUAAAAGAGAUAAUGAAAAUAAUAUCAAAUUAAUUGGACAAAUUCAUCCUAUCAUUUCUUAAUUUAAUUAAGAUCAUACAUCAUCAUAGAAUCCCUAAAUUAAAAAUGAACAACCAAAACAUCCUCCUAAAUAAGUUAGAUACAUUAGUCAUAAUCUUAGAUGCAGUCCAAAAAGAAUUGAAAAUAGAACAUCAUCCAUUUAAGUUUCAUCCUCUAAUGAAAUUACUAACUCUGAUACACCAUUAAUCUCUUCUGUAAGAUCCAAUUUUAAUAAACCUUCCAUUAAAAUUGAUGAAGUCUCUCAUGAAUCUGAAGGCUCGCCAAAUAUUUCCAUACAUCAUUAAACUGUAUUCUCUAAUGCUUAAUCUCCUUAAAAUUCUCCUAGAAGAAAUUCCAAUCAAUCUAAAUUUUCAAAACCAUCCCCUUUUUAACAAUAAUAGUCAAUCUUUAAAACUGUUAACAAUCAAUACAUUGAAGCUAGCAAACUUAAGAAUCUACCAAGAUUAGGAGGAUUUAGAAGAACAUAUAGAAAAGAAAGAUAAAUUGAAUAUUUUGAAGAAACUAUUGAAAAUGAAGAUUAUUCUUAACUAUAGCAAAAAUUAGUUUAGUUAUUGGAAAAGAUUAAAAAAUAAAAAGAACAAUAAAAAACUAAAAAAUCAAAUAUCUAAUUCAACAUUGUAAAUCCAUUACCUAAAAAAAUGGUUUUACAAUAAAAAGAUUCUAUAAGUAUUUCAGAUUUACCAGAUGUUGAAAAAUAAUAAUUAUCUAAAUAAGAUAGUAAUAGUAGUGGCAUAUUAGAAUGA